CAAAGUCGUCCUCACAAACAUCAUUCAUAACAUUAUUUUUAAGGAUGUGUGCAGCCUGUUUAUGUUGACCAACAUUUGUGCAAGGCCUAGAAGCUCAUGCUGUGUAAGACAUAGUUUCAAUAUUUCUGACCAGCUUUUUGAACAGAUUUUAAUACAGUUUUUCCUUCAACUUGUGCUCAAGAAAUGUGUAAAUUGUUGCUUCGGCUAUUUCCUUCCAAAGUAUAUGUACUGUAAGUUGGGCUUCAUGUCUAUUUUAAAUAUCCCACACUACUCCUCACUUUUUUUUUUUUUGUGGGUUUAA